UCCUUCACAAAUUAAACCCAAACACACGCACACACUCUCUCUCUCUCUCUCUCUCUAUGAUCAUCACUUCAAUCUUCUUCUUCCUCUUUCUCUUCAACCAGCCAUGAAUUUUCUCGUCGAUUCCGACUCGCCAAACACCACUUUAAUGGAAUUUCACCUCCAAACACUAAUCUGCAACAACGGUCUUCAACUCCAUCACCAAAAUUCCCAGAUCAACCCUUUUCCUCUUCCUCAACUUCAGGACGUGGCGUCUCAGUCGACUUCCGACGAAGCGGAGGAUCAGAUUCAGGGGAAGAGCACGGCGGCAGUGGCGGCGAACGAGAGGAGACACAGGAGGAUGAUAUCGAACAGAGAGUCGGCGCGUAGGUCACGCGCCAGGAAGCAGAAGCAGCUAGACGAGCUCUGGUCACAGGUUGUUUGGCUGCGGAGCGAGAAUCGCCAACUCCUGGAUAAGCUUAACCUUGUCUCGGAUAGCCAUGACCGAGCCCUUCAAGAGAAUGUUCGUCUCAAACAGGAAGCUUCUGAGCUGCGUCAGAUGCUCUGUGACAUGCAGUUACAAUCCCCUGCUUCUCAACUUCCUUGACUGAUCAAUAUUGAUUCUGAGUUGCAAUAAGGAAUUAAAUAUAAUCCAUCUUCUAAGUUAUUGCUCUUUGAAUCCCAAUUUCUCUUUGACAUUUUUUUUUUUAAUCUCAUCACUCCAAUACAUGAGAAUAUUAGUGCCAUCUGUCUAAACUAAUCUGGAUUUCACUGUGUAAGACUGCUAUUAUUGAUGAUGGCCUUGCAAAAUUCAAACCCAAUCCAUCAGUUGAAUAAACUACUUUGACUCUCUAGCAA